UGCAAAUGAGUUUCGAUAGUGCGCGGGACGAUGAUCGGGAGCCGUUACGUUUGUACAAAAGACGAUUGCAGCGGUGGUUUUAUCUAGGCCUAUAGCGCCAGAAACUGUGUUUACAUCCUCAAUUUUCACGUGAAUUUCGAUAAUUCACACGACCACAGCAUGGAUAACAUGGAAUGCUCAAUUGCUGGUGAUGAAUCUUCACCAGCAAGAACGAUUCUCACCGUCAAGAACACAGAAGAGUUGUUAGAAGCCAUCGAGAGUCUGUCCUCUGAGAAUGUUGCCAUGAGUGUUGAGGUCCAACAUGAAACUCUGGAAUCUGAGGACAACCAGGCAACCGGUUCCCAGCAGUAUCAAUUUACCACAACAGACUACCAGCAAGGCCAGAUCCAGCCUACUGAUGCACAACAAAUUGAGUACGUCACCGAGCAGGUUGAGACUUCUCAAGUACCUGUCGGUGACAUGGGAGAGGAGCAGUUGAUUACUACCACGCCUCAAGUGGUCUUUCCAGGUGGUAACCAGGAAGGAGAUGUGGACAAAACGAUCCAGAUUGUCACUGAAGCUGCUCAAAACCAACAGGUAUCUGCAGAUGGUCAACCUGAAUACCAUUAUAUCUUACCUGAUGCCCUGGUCUGUGCUGAGCAGGUACAAACUGAAACUGUCCAGUCCAGUUCAGAUGUGGCAGUUACAGGCCAAAACGAGAUAGCUUCCAGUCUUCACUCAGGUGAACUACCACCCACGGUGUACCGUCAGGGCCAGGAUAUUCAUAGCUCUUUGGAAAUUGCAUCAGCUGUUGAAAUUCUGACGGGACUAGCUUCAACCAUCACUACUCAGCUUGGGUACCAGGAGGCCAAACAAGUUGUUGACAAGUCUGUCAAACACAAGGAGAAGAAGCACAAGAAGAAAUCCAAGAAGGAUAAAUCUGACCACUCAAAGCGGAAGAAAUCUAAAAAACAUAAGAAGGACAAGCAACCGAGUGAGCCAGAACCUAAGCCCAGAAAGACCGAUGGAGGAUAUCACGAGUGUCCAACGUGUCAGAAGACAUUUGGUACAGCAGCUAAUCUUAAGAGCCACUUGGUGUCCCACACUACUGAGCGACCGUUUGCUUGCGAGACCUGUGGAGCCACUUUCAAGCGACGACGAUAUCUACAGCUUCAUAAGAAUAUCCACACACAGGCUAAGAUCUUCGAGUGCACCUACUGUGACAAGACCUUCUUGAUGAAGAGCUGGCUGCAUAGUCAUGAGAGAUAUCACACUAAGCCAUUCUCCUGCGAUCUCUGUGGUCGGGCAUUUGGUGACAAGAAGAUUCGAGAUGUCCAUCGGAGGUCCCACACUAAUGAGAAACCAUUUGUGUGUGCAGAAUGUGGCCAAGCUUUCCGAUCCAAAGCGGUAGCCAUCAAACAUGGUCGUAGGCACUCUGGUUUAAAACCCUAUGUCUGUAAAAUUUGUAACAAGGCAUACACUCAAAUCCACAAUCUCACAGAUCAUGAGAAAACCCAUGUUGAUGAUCAGACAUUUGCUUGUAAGACCUGCGGCAAAGUGUUCUAUGCUCGUAGCAGUCUUAGACGUCAUCGCAUAAAAGAACACCCGGAUGAGAAAACAGGUGUCCAGAAAAUCCCCUUGUCACGCAAUCAAGUCAUAACAAAAGAACCUGGUGUGUUUGAAAUCAUAAGAAAACCAUAUGUGUGUAAAGUUUGCACCGAAGGCUAUAAAACCAAAAAGUCUUUGAAAAUGCAUGAAAAAAUUCACGAAGCAAGCCGUGUCUGUCAGUACUGUAAUGCUGUGUUUGUCUCUCGAUCAGAUUUAGUUAUUCACAUCAGGUCCCAUACCGGUGAGCGUCCUUUUGCUUGCAGUAUCUGCGGGAAAACGUUCACCUCCAAAAAAGCAACCAACAGGCAUGAAAAAUCCCACAGUGGGGUGAAGCCAUUUGAAUGCAAAACCUGUAAUAAGAGAUUCACCCGCUCCUCCAAUCUCAAAGAUCAUGAGCUUAUACAUGCAGGAAAGAGCAAACGUUUUGCUUGCAGCGGUUGUGAGAAGAUCUUUGCAUCGCGCAGCGCUAUGAAGAGUCACGAGAGGCUCAAGCACGGUCCUGGUGCCACAGUCACCACAGUGACCACGGUUGACCAGUCAGCACCUCAGCCAAUUACACAAGAUGAAACGGCUGAACAAGUCGAGCUGUUUGAGAUUAUUAUAGCUGCUUCGGGGCAAGCAGAGGAACAGGUGGCAGAGGUAACAGAGAUUGGAAGUGUGGUUGCAGUCUCUUGAAAAUACAACCUCAACUCUGGACAAACUCUCAACCUCAAAUCUAGAAAACCUAGGUUGAGGAACUUUGCAUUUCGAUUUUUAAAUCAUUUCUUUGAGAUUUUUUUGAAUUAAGGUUUGUGUAGAAAUAUGCUGUAGGUGUUAAGCCCUAAAUAUUUCUCUCCCGAGGUUUUUAAAAAAUAGUUAGUGAAGUAUUUAAUUCUUGUUUCUGUAAGAGGAAGAAAAACCUCCAAAAAAUGGAAAGUAGGUAAAACUUUUCAUAUUCUCAGACACAACUACAAUGCAUUUUCACAAUUCUUUCGUGGAAUUUAGUCAGUGAUUUUUGCCUAGAUUUUCUUUUUUUUCUUGAGGGUGGUUUUUAGUCUGUUCUUUUUUGGUUUUGGGGUUAUUUAUUUUAAUCACAGGAGGAAAUUCAAAUUAUGUAAACAUUGGCAUUUUAGCUAAUUGUACUUGUAAAUACAAAGCUCUCAAGGAUAAAUGUGUAAUUUGGAUAUUUUUCCUCAAACUCUACAUUAUUGACCAUUUUCCAAAAAGUGUCAAAAACUAUUUUCCGUAUGAAAAUCUUUUUACGUGUAGAUUGAUUCUAGACACCUUGCAAAAUUCAAGAUUUCUACGGCAAUGUAUGAUGUUUGUUGGAAACAUAGCAGCCCCUCAUUUUUUGUUUUCUUCAGUGUUGAAAUCAGUUUUGCAACAAGAUCAAAAAUAAAAGUCACUGACCUUAGAUAUGUUGGGUUUGGAGCUGAAGACUUUCACAAGAUUAAUGAAAAUUUGUAAACUAACUGACUUAAACUGAUCAAACAUGUCAUGUACCAAUGCACACUAAAACAAUUAGUUUGUUUGUAGCAUUAUAUUUUCCAUCUACAUGUACAUCUAAAUGUCCAGUUAUUUAGGAUUUACAUUUCAAACAUACAAGAACCAAGUUCGGUGUGCACAGUAGACAGGAAAUCCUGUGCAUGGCUUAGAGAAAAAUUAAAUGAUUAAAGACUUGUACAUUUUAAAUUUACUACAAUUUGUUCUUUCCAUAUGGCGCGAGAUGUUUCUAUUUACUGUUCUACCGACAGUUGUACAAAGAUAAUUUGGGCAGUGUUUAUUGUUUAUAAUUUGUUCCAGUGCUGUGAAUUUCUUGUAAAUGGAAUUAAAAAUGUUUUAUUAUCGUUAGGCUUAAUACUGGUUUGUUUUUCCUUCAAGGUUGGGGUUUUUGGUCAAGAUUUAUUGUAUUAAAUUGAAGUUGUUGACCAUAUGACAUGAUUGAUUUUCUGGAAGUUUGUAAAUUUACAUUGUAUUUUAUAUAUAUGCCCAUUUAAACAGUGUAGAUCAGUCUGUCCUGUCAGAGGAAUAGAAAAUAGAUAUCAACCUAACAAGCUCACCUGUAGCUCCAUUCAUGAUGACGUACAAUGAUCAACUCCCAAGUCUCUUGAUUUCUUGGGGUUUUUUUUCAGUUUAUUUGUGGCAAAGUUGUGGUUGUAAUAGGAACUUCGCUCAUUUCUGGUAACUUUAUUUUGAAUGAGAAUUGAUUGUACAUGUAAUCGUAAUGACCAGUGAGUGACAGUGAUAAUGGAAUUGAAGUUAUUUAAAUGCACUGUGACUUCUGAACUCAUUUUAAAAUUUUCUUCCUCGCGUUACAGUUGCUAUUCAUCCAAAAAGUGAAAUUCCACCUAGAUGCUUCUAUGUUGGUCACAUUUUGUGUCAUGGUAAAGGUUGUGUUGUACAUAUAAUUACAUAUCUCAUCAGUUAUAUUUGGUGAUUGUAAUCUUAUGUGAAAAUUGGGACAAUGACAGUGUUGAGAAUAAACCAAUGAAUCCCAUAAUGCCUCUGGCCAUUCUGCUUGUUGCUGUUCAAAGAAUAAUAAACAUUUGGAAUGGGGCAGAUGGUGAGGGGUUCUUACAGGCCAACAAA